UGAGCUAAAAGAUCCGAUCCCCCGAAUCGAGUCAGCCUCCCCCUCCUCUCCCUCCUGUCGCCAGCCUGAGCAGCUCUCCUCCUGAGCAUUCAGCAGAGAAGGCUAAUGAGAAGUGCUAACGACAGAGAGCCCACCAUUGGCUGUCCCGACUGCCGAGGCUGGCAGGCAGUGGCGACAGGGCAGGACCGGACUGACGGUGGAAACACCGGGACAACUCCACGAACACGGACGGAAAACGAAGGGAAUACAAGUUUUUUUGUUUUUUUACAGUUUGGAUUACCCAAACGGGACCUGAAACGUCGCUAACGCUCAAUGUUAGCUGGAACUUUUUUUUUUUUUUUUUCUCCCCGAGCCGUGAUGUGGUGACGCGACGGGGAAGCUAACGUUAGCCGCUUGCUGCUAACCACACAGAUAAAUCAUUUUCAUAAUAUGUUUGAAUCAAGGAUGUUUUUAAAAACUUGUUAUAACACUCUCAGCGAUGUUUGAUACACAUUUAUACUAAUCCAUAUCAGGUGGUCAACUUUUAUACGGGAUUAGAGCAUUAUCUUUAUCAUCUGAAACUAGCAAAGGCGUUAGCUACCUAGCCGGCUAGUAGCUAACCACCGUCUGUUUAAACGGACUGCAAGCCAAAGAACUCCGCUUCAAGUUAGCUCAAGCUAGCGAUGCUACAGCUGUUUCCACGUCAGCUAACUGUGUCAUAACAUAUCGACCUGUUGUGAGAUGUAGAUUUUUUUUUUAGAGUAUUUGACUCUAUCUCUUGGUUUUUCUUAGCAGAGAUAGACUCUGGACUUCUUUAAUCCACGUAUGCAGUCAUCGAGUCGCCAGCUAACGAUGUCAGCGUGCUAAAGGUUGGUUAGCCGGCCAAAGUUGGAUUACUGCCCCCCUCUGCUCACUUUCUGAGGGUUUCUCUUCAAGGCCUUUAGGAUCCAAUCUUUUCCUCUUGUCGCAGCCUUAAUGCAUCCACAGCCUUUGAAUGGAAUCUACAUGUUCUGAUGUGAAUUGACUCGGGAUAUUUCUUGGUGCUGGGGACUUUAUUUGGAGCACCUGGACUUUGUUUACUUGACUCCAUAAAAUAACGUGGAUUUCAGAGGCAUCCGGAAUAACUCCAUUUAGCCAAGAUGAUGUGCGAGGUGAUGCCCACCAUCAGCGAGGCUGAAGGGGGAGGUGGCGGUGGACGUCGGGGCUCAGGCUCUCCCCUGCAGUCGGACUCAGAGGGUCACUUUGAGUCGCUGAUGGUGUCCAUGCUGGAGGAGAGGGAUCGUCUUCUAGACACUCUGAGGGAGACUCAGGAGAACCUGGGCCUGACUCAGGGCAAACUGCACGAAGUCAGCCAUGAAAGGGACUCGCUGCAGAGACAACUGAACACCGCUUUGCCCCAGGUGAGUGUGAGGGCCACAGUCACAGAGUUCAAUUUUACGAUAUAUUAUUCCAAGAGAUUUGUCCCCUGAAGCUGCUUCCUCCACGUAACC